AUGGCUCCUCUCACACAUGAUGACUACACAAUCGCGUGGAUAUGCGCCUUGCCGUUAGAGAUGGCGGCGGCAAAGGUCAUGCUAGAUGAGCUCCACCAGCCACUGUCCAAACCGUCUACUGAUCCAAACGUCUAUGUACUCGGCAAAUUAAAUGGCCACCUUGUUGUCAUUGCCUGUCUGCCAAUUGGGAUAUAUGGAACCGUAUCUGCUGCGACUGUUAUAUCGCAUCUGACGUCGACAUUUUGUCGGAUCCAAUUCGCACUGAUGGUGGGAAUUGGAGGGGGAGUCCCAAGCAGAACUGAUGACAUUCGGUUGGGCGAUGUGGUGGUCAGCAAACCGACCGGAAAAUAUAGUGGAGUGAUUCAAUACGACUAUGGCAAGACAUUGCAAGGAAGACACUUCGAACAAACCGGCAUGCUCAACUAUCCACCACCGAGACUUUUAACACAUAUUGCUCAGCUCCAAGCAGAUCAGAUGACGAGAAAAGACAAUGCUCUCUCAACCAUUAUUCAGGAUGUGCUGGAACGAAAUCCGGACAUGAAAGAACAUUUUACGUCCCCAAGUCAACACACAGAUUAUCUCUUUCAAUCCUCAUAUCAUCAUGUUUAUAGAGAAAGCAACUGUGCGAAGUGUAAUAAAGAGCACUUAGUUUCUCGACGGCCGCGUGAUACGAAGGCACCUCAUGUCCACUAUGGAUUGAUCGCAUCCGGAGAUCAGGUGAUGAAAGACUCUGAAACACGGGACCGUUUAGCUCACCAGCUGGGGAUUCUCUGUUUUGAAAUGGAGGCAGCAGGCCUGAUGAAUCAGCUUCCGACUCUUGUAAUCCGAGGAAUUUGCGACUACUGUGAUUCUCAUAAACAAAAACAGUGGCAAGGAUAUUCAGCCCUGAGUGCAGCCGCCUAUGCUAAAGUGCUUUUAACAGCUGUUCCUGUCUACAGCAGUGACAUCGAUGACGUAAAAAGUGAUGAGAAAGCCAGGAUUAAAUCGAACAGCGCGGUACAGUUUCACGAGCCAGCCACUUUAUCAUUUAAUAACUACGCUUCUGGGCUUCAGUUCAACACUUCUGAGGGUACCCAAAACAAUAACACAGGCAAUGGCAAUCAAUUCUCUGGGGCAAGCCUCAGUGGGCCUGUUCAUUUUGGCUGUCUCCAUCCAGUGCCUAGGGAUAUCUAG